AUGAGCCAUGAAACUAUGCCAGUGAUUACUACCCAUUCACUACACCCAGGGCAUAAGCUCAAGUUGGAGACUAGGAAAGCCCUUUUCAUGUGUGAUGGCUGCAAGGAACUAGGAAUCUCCUCUUGCUGGACGUGCGCAGAGUCCUGUAACUUCCACCUUCAUCCCCAUUGCUUCGACCCUAAAAUUUCUCUCCAACAUAAGUUGUUCCCAAAAUGUAGUUUCAAAUGGGUGGAAUCUGGGUUGGAAGACAAAGGCAAACCGCGCGAACAGUCAUGCGACGCCUGCAACCUAGGUGCGAAGGGUUACUUCUACCACUGCAAUGACUGCGGCAAGGACCUGCACCCCUCCUGUGCGAACCUACCCCAAUUCCUCUCUGACGGGGAGCUGAAACUGGAGCUCAAGAAUAAGAUGCCCACUGAGUGCGAGAAGUGCGGCUGGAAGAACCAGGAUAUUUAUUGGCGCUACGUCUCGACCUGCAAGACUGUCGCCCUUCAUAUAUCCUGCAUGAAGGACCUGCUCCUGAAGAACUGGAUGAAGAAAGAGGGUAGCUCUCAGGGCUCCGCCGUCGAGGACGGCGGCAAUGAAUCAGUGAGAAGAACGCCGGAGCUCGGGAUUGUCAUCGGGGAAAAGGAAAAGAAGAAGCCAGCGAAGAUGGAGAAGAUGAAGAAGAUGUUUCAACUAGUAGUUCCGAUCAUCCUCAGCGUUGCAGUCGGGGAUCCAGUAUCUUUGACUGCGAGUUUAAUUGCUAGCCUGCUCUCUGGCUGA